UUUGCCUAUAAAUUAAACAUGCUUCAAGUAAAGAAUUAUACAUAAGAAUAUAUUCUUUUUACAGAUAAUCAUGGCGGACAAGUAUUAUAGGCUUGUGUGUUUUCUAGUUAACAUUACUCCCCGACCACUAAGAGAGUUAUUCCUUAAGUACACGUGGACGGACCCAAAAUUUUCAACUUGUUCAACCAUUGAUGCUUGUCUUAAAUUAAUGAAACAUCAGCUUUACCUUUUAAAGAAGAAAAAAAUAAUCAGACAGAAACAAUGGGAACUCCUGUUUCCAUCAACACCUGGUAAGGUGGUAGAUGAAACAUCUUGGGACAUAACUCUGGUUAUUAUAUUAAUAGAGGAAUUUCACGGAAACAAGCUUCAACAGGUAGAAGAAGACGCUAUUUCCAAGAUACGAGGAAUUCGAAAUCGACUUCAGCACUUUGCUGAAACUUCAAUUGAUGAUGCAGACUUUGACAAUAUGUGGACAAUUUUAGAAUGCGCAACCAUUGAUAUAGCUAAGCAAAUACAACCUUCACCUAUGUACGUAAACGCUAUUCAAGGAAACAUUAACGAAACCAAAAUUAAUAAUCUGCCGAAUCUCGGAGAUUCUUUACGUUACCUAUAUGAGACUAUUAUAAUUCAAAUGAAAUCUGACAUGGAAGAUAUGAAAGAAAUCAUGGAAGAACUUGCUGAAAAAUGUAAUGAAUCUCGAAACAUUCUUCUGAACACAACUGAGAAGCGUGUUGGACCAACUGGUGAAAAAGUAAAACGAAUGAAAACAGUUGACCAUAUUCUUAAAAGACUAAAUGACAAUUUCACCAUGUCGAUGAAAGAGGACUUGCCAAAUAACUUCGAUAGUCCACCGGAAGUCGCUGAUAUCAAAACAAAGCUGCGAGAUGUUCACCACGUCGUUGUUACAGGGUCAAGGGGUAGUCGGUAUAUCGAAGCUGCUCUAGCUUCAUUACAAAGUAUGGACUACAAUCAUAAUCGAUGUGUUGAAAUGAAAAAUUCGUGUGACUGGCGACACAUAGACCCGGAUGAAGUGGAUCUUGUAUUAUGCCGAGAACCUUUUGGCGACUAUGUGUUUGAUAAGGACAAGACAAAAUCUAUGGCAGAUAUAUUCAGUAGUAUGCUACAAGUUGCAAAGAUUUCUGAAAAGUACAAGAACAUAGAUAUUGUGAUCGUGUCCGAGAAGGAAAUACUCCAGGAAGUAUUAAAGUUCACGGAACAUGACCUUCUUCAGGAAGUGGUAGAAGUUUAUCAGCCUACAACGGAAUCAGAUCCAGCAGAUCUAACAGGUACAUGUGGCAAUUCCGAGAUGGAUUUUGAUCAAGCAACACGGAAUCAGCUGGAUUUAACUGCGGUAUUUGUUGAGCGGUACAAAGAUGACAACCUGCAUCCCGCUAGUGUUGUAAAUGAGGCGAGAACGACAUUUAAGAGAGACAAGGUUAUUGUUAUAACAGGGCCGAGGAAAUGUGGAAAGACUACUCUGGCUGUAACGCUAGCAUCAAGGUACCAGAAAAACCAGUUUCUGGUUCUCAACAAACCUGAUGACAUGAAACUAAUAAGGCUUGGCUGUAUUUGUACUGUAUUAGUUGAGGACUUUGCGGGGAAAGGCAGUUACAAUGGUACCUAUGCAGAAGCUUGGUUAAGAGAAUUUGAACUGCUGUUCAGUGCCGUAUGUUCUGGAAAGCUAAAUGUUAUUAUAACGUGCGAGAAGAGAACACUUCUUAAAUGCAAUGAGGAAAACGGUCCUCACCCAAUUCUCAAAAACACCAUCGUUCUCGAGCAAGUCAGCAGAACUGUUAAGCAGGAAUCAACUAGUACUGAUUUCAAUGACACAGCCGCCAUUGCAACACGUACUGUACAAAGGUGUUCGUUCAGUAUGGAAACAAAUAACAACUUUGUUUCCAACGAAUCAGACCACGUUGAAAAGAGUACACACUCUUCAGACGCAUUCAACAACAUAAAAGACACGUGUUCAAUGAAUGAGAACACUAUUCUUUGUCUAAAUUCAACUGGAACAGUCUUAAAGCUUGACAAAGAGCUCGAUGUCGAGGCAACGUUUUUAACAGAACAACAAACGGCUUUUGAAAGGAUAUGUUGCUUAGAUGAUGAUAGGUUCCUUCUUGUGAAUGGCAAAGAAGUUUCUAUAUAUGAACUGAAGUCAAAUGAGAUUCACCUCAUAACGACAACGAUUCUUGACCACGAAUCUGACUUUAUAGCAAAGGGAAAAAAAGGAAUGAUAACAAUCUUAAACAAGAACAUCAUAUACGAGUACAUGUAUGACGGUUACUUUGAAUUACAGUUUAAAAAGCUCCUUCCUAUGAAACCAUUGAUGGACAGUUUCGUAACAGACGCGUCCGUCAUAUCUGAACGAAAUUGCGUUAUCGUUGUAAAACAGGGUUCCAUUCAAUCGAUAACAUACAAAGAAAAAAGGACAAUUGAACGAGUACUAUAUUUUGAAAGAAAUGAAAUUCAACCAGUGGCUGUUUGUGCUGGAAAGGAAGUUGUACUUAUUCUUUGUCUGCAGAACAAUCAGGCGAAAGUUUUGAAGUUUGGAAUUGAUCUUGAGAAACUUGGAUCUAUCAGGCUUGACGAGGUUGCAUACAGCCCAUUCAACGUCUCAUCAAUGAUGUAUGAUUCAAACUUAUCCAGACUUCUUAUCACAUACAGCGGAAAACUUGACGCUUUCGUAGGCGGGUUCCAACUGACAGACAAACAGGAUAGUAAAAGUUCGAACACAUCAACCUAUAGCAGAGUAAAGAAGAUCCAAUCGCAUAUAAUUAAACCUCCUGAUAAUGUGACAACUGACACGACGAAAGAAUGGUGUCAACAUCCAGAUGGUUCAUUUCUAUUCUUAGCUUAUAUGCCAUCAGUUGAUGAUAAUGAAGAUGAUUCCAUCAAUACAUCUUCGAGAACUCAAACUGUUAUUAUUCAUAUCAGUUCAGACUUUGAAUACCAAUGUUACUACAAUACUGAUAUAACUGAAGGCUGGUAUAGUGAAAAUCAUAUCUGCUGUACUGAUACUGGGGAUGUGGUGAUUUCUGUGGAUAGCGAAAUAGGAUUGUACAGAAUAUCAAGCGGAAGUCUUCAAUUCAUCAAAUCGAAGGAUAUGAAGUUUGAGUGCAAAAAUAUUUCCUUCUUCAAGAAUAAGAUUUACUGUUUUACUUUUGGGACAUCAUUAAUUUUAGAUACAAAUCUAAAUAUAAAGAGAAGAGUAGAACUGAUGGAAUUUCCUGUCGAGAAUAUUUUACCAUGUUCAUUACAAAAGUAUAUCAGUACUUGGGAUUAUGUUAAUGGCGAUAGUACUUGUAUCAUAUGUGAGGAUCCCAGACUUAAGCAAAUAAAAUAUUUAAGAAAGGAAGGAUUUUCACCUCAGUGCACGUGUGCUGCUACUGAGGACAGUGUAUUCGUAUUUGGGAGACAGGGUGAGGACUUCAGGAUUUUACAGGUGAACACUGACUUGACGGUACUCUCAGAAAUAUUUGUAGACAAAAAAGAGAUUGACUGGAAUUAUGUGUGGGGUGUAGAUAAAAUGGUGUUUAACAAAGAUAAUUCCAGAUUAGUCUUACCAUCACGUUACAAAGAAUUAACAUAUCAUACAAUUUACUUAGAGUGAACCGAUUAUAUGUCAUUUUACCAUGUAUAUUUUUUCACAAACAUAGACAGUCUAUGCAGUUUCACUGUACUCACCUGCUUUAUUCAUAUCCAUGAACAAAAAGAUAAUUUUAAUUUCCUCAAAUGUUAUAGUUAUAAUAAAAUGCCUUCUUUUUCCAAACACACUGUAGGAAAAACUGUUCAAGAAAAAAAAAUAUUUCAUAAUCUAUAGAUUACCUUAUAUUUUACAAUUCAUUAAAGCCAGUUUAUCUCAACAAACAAAUAAGUGUGUAAAACUGGAUAAAUCAUACUUUAGUCUGUCUCACUAAAUUUAAAAAUUCAUGUUUUACUUUAAAUAUAAUAGUAAGCAGUCUAGUUUAAUUCGAUGCUAACUCGUAAGGCGUGUUUUUCACUUUUUGCUAAAAGUCAAUAAUAUUUUUAAGAUAUCAGAAUUAUAUAAUUUUCCUUUAACCUACGUUGUAACAUGAUAAUUUCAAAAUAAACUCGCACAUAUUGACGUCAAAUUAAGGGUUCGUUCCAAAAAAUAGCAUGCCAUGUUCCCUGGAAUUAUAAAAAUUUGAUUUUUUUAUUGUUCACUGAUAAACAUUUCGAUGUUAUAUUAAAAAAAUGUUGAUGUAAAAAGGCAAUUUCUCUUGCAAACAAUGGCAUUUAAAAAUACAAAUGUAGUAUAUUUUUGUGAAAGAGCGUUGACAUACAAAAACACACAGGCCAUAAUACGAAUUUUAUUGAACUAUUUAUCAGCUUUUUCUUUACAUGACAUCUGUAUUAUACUCUGAUGUGACCAAACGGCCUCAUUUUCACAACCUGAUACAUUUAUUUCCAACAUUCAAAUUAUUUUAUUUUAUCUUCUCUACAUAGUACUGUAAAAGAUACUAUUUGCAAAGACAUGCAUGCUUUCUUGUUGUACGGUUAAGAAGUGAGUAUAUAUAGAUUCAUUAUGAAAUAUUUGGAAUAAAGGUUGCUGGUCAAAUUGAUUUUGACCUAAAAUAUGUUUUAAUCUUGUUAUUUAUGCAAUGUUCAUUUAAUAUCCAUAUAUUAAAAUAAAUAGAAAAAAAAAGAAAAACAAAUCUGACUUUCUGUUAGCUAUAUAUAGAGAGGAUAUUCAACGUUUUUUUACCGCCACUCAUGAAAUAUUUAUUUUAAUACCACUCGAUAAAAAUUAAUCCUGUAUUUAUAGAAAAACCUAAAUUUUCUGUUUAUUAUAUGCGAGUAAAUGUUUCUUUAAUAAAAAUGACAAUACAAUUUGAAAGACUUCCUGACUGAAUUU